UCGGUCGGGGGCGGACGUGUUAAGCCCUUUGAUUUUACCGCGCGAUCGUUUUGUGUCAGUGGUAUAGUCGUGUCUAAAAGUGCUUGGACAUGAGUGCCGUGUUUAUUGGCAUGCAAACCUUAUAGGAUAGAAACAGAUCCCAGCAGUGAAACAGUGAAAAUGCAAGUGACUUAAGUGCAGUGUUCACGAUGGAGAUCGCAAACUUAGUUUUGACACUCAUAUGUGUCAUUUCAUUCACAUGCACGCACGCGAAAAUAGGUUACUUCUGGCACAUAACGGACUUCCACUACGACCCGCUGUACACCCCUCAAGGCGACACUAGAAGACACUGUCGGAGAGCAGACGAGCGGGGCAGUUCAGGCCACCAUAGAGCGCUCGGCCGCUUCGGCGACUAUUCCUGCGAUAGCUCGCUCGAAUUGAUCGCCCUUUACUGUCGAAGAGCGGACGAGCGGGGCAGUUCCGGCCACCAUAGAGCGCAAGGCCGCUUCGGCAACUAUUCCUGCGACAGCUCGAUCGAGCUGAUCGCCUUGUACUGUCGGAGAGCGGACGAGCGGGGCAGUUCCGGCCACCAUAGAGCGCUCGGCCGCUUCGGCGACUAUUCCUGCGACAGCUCGCUCGAGCUGAUCGAGUCGGCCGCGCGGUAUAUGCGCACGCGUCACUCGGAGAACGUGGAGUUCGUGCUGUGGACAGGUGACAUCAUAGCCGCCCGGUACACCGGCAACGAAGACACAAAGUACCAGGCGAUCAGGAACAUGACGGAGCUGUUGAGCCAGACCUUCAGUUCCCACUUCGUGUUCCCAGUGCUGGGUCACUUGGAUCCAGCGCCGUCUGCCAGCCUCACUAACUUGUGGAUGCACUGGCUGCCGUUGGAGGCUAUGCAGACCUUUCAAAACGGCGGGUACUACACAAUAGAACAAUCCUACAGCAAGCUAAGGAUAGUGGUCCUCAACACCAACCUGUUCAGCGUGCGAGAGUCGAGCAGCCCUCACGCCAAGCGCCAGUGGGACUGGCUGGACGCUGAGCUAGAGAAGGCUACGACUAAUAAGGAUAUGGUAUACAUAGUAGGCCACGCCGCCCCCGGUUCGGACUCCCGGUAUCCGUACGACACGUCUCCGGACGCAAACGCGAAAUACCUCCGGACGGUGAGGCGGCACGCGCGCAUCAUCGCCGGACAGUUCUUCGGACACCUCCACGCUGAUACGUUUAGAGUCAUUUACGAUAAUGAUCGCCCAGUAUCAUGGGCUCUCCUGGCGCCCUCAGUGAGCCCGCACCGCGAACCCGGAGGAUCCUCCAACCCCGGCCUUAGGCUUUAUAAGUUUGACACCAACAAUGGAAAGGUGCUAGAUUACACGCAGUACUACCUAGACCUGGCUGCUGCGAAUCGCAACGCAGGCGCAGCGGAGUGGACGGCUGAGUACAACCUCACUCAGUAUUAUGGGCUCCACGAGGUCUCCGCCAUCUCGCUGCACAACCUGGCCGACAAGCUGCGGAUAGGGACUCCGCAUGAAACUAACGUGUUUUACAAAUACCUCCGAGCAUACAACGUGCGAUACGAGAGCAGCGACAACUGCGAUGGUGCGUGCGCGCACCAGCACUUCUGCGCGAUCACGUGUCUUGAGCACUUGGCCUACCGCCAGUGUGUGGAGGCGGCCGCUAGCGCGCUCGCAGCGGCCGGCGAUUCCGCUCCGCUUGUCGCGUCGCUCAUGAUGGUACUCACCCUUAUUGGAGUUGCGUUUAUGUUGUAAGUGACUUUUUUGUGACGUGAAAACACGGGAUUGGAUAUGAUACGACAUUUUGAUGUAACUAAAGAUUUUUGUAUUGUAUUAUUGCAUACGACACUUGAAGUAAUAUAGUGUGUUGUAUUUAAUACAUGUGUGUUUUGUUAAGAUAAAUAUGUAUCCUUGUUUCCUAUUCAAAAAUUUCUAACAUUUCUUGAGAAGCAGCUAGUUCUAGCUUAUGUGCAGACUAAGUAACGAAGCAUGUGACAUUUUUCAGCUUAAAACCCUUUUUAUUCUGUAUCCAAAAUUCCAAAUACCCAUUUUGUUAACAAUUUGAAAUGAGAAGUACGACUGGAUUUUAUACAAAAUCUGAGAGGAAAUAAAAAUAAAUAAAACGAAAACAUGUAACUUCUUCGCUCCACGUUUCACUUGUGACCGAACCACUUUACUUGAUUUCGUAUUUAUUUGGCAUUUUUCUAUUUAUUUUGUCAUGUUUUUGACACAAAUAUUGACGAUUUUAGCGAAUGUCAUUUUUAUUUUCCCUUCCCUUUUUCCCAAUCGCUCCAAUUACUUGUUUGCUUUGUAAUUUGGGUGACAUACUUGUAAUUUUUGGGUCAGGGCCGUAACCCCAAUCAAAAAAUACACCCUGUAUGUUUCUUGUAACAUAAUACUAUUACAUUACUCUUAAGCGGACCGGACACUGGGUGGGAAUGAAGGAAUAACGGUUAUUGUGCUACAAGGCUAUUUUGUAUUUAAAUAGAUUUAAAAUGUCAUUACCAAGGAAGGAAUGACAGUAAUAUUGAUGUCAUUAUGACUGACAUUGUCUGGUCCGCUGUAAAUUAUAAAAUAAAUAUAAAAUGUUAACUUUAUAAUGUAUAAAUAGUGUAUAGUCCCGAGUUUUGUACUCAUCUAGUUCGACUAGAAAACAUAUUUUUAGAAUAAUGGAUUUUGUGCUUCAACUAAAUGUAAUAAAGUAUGUUAUUGGAUAGCUCUAAAACGCGUUUGUGAUAUAGCUUGCUACCGUACUAGGUAGAUAUGUUAUUGUUUAGAAUAUAACAAAAGUAAAGUAUUACAAUUAGUGCAUAUGACUGUAAAUAAAUGAAAAUGUAAUUUAACUCUUGAACAUUUAUAUUUAAAAUUAAAUACUUAAAUAUUAAUUAUUGUCAAUAUUUGAAUUUUUAUUUAUUUUAAUAUAGUGAAAUCAAAAGUUUUUUAUACGAUGUAAUCAUUUUUUUUAACUUAAUAAGUUACGUUACGUUUUUCUACAUUAAUAUUUAUUGUUGACAAAAUUCUGUAUUUGUACAUCUGGAUUCGUCUGUAAUUGAAGUAAUAUUAUAUAGAUGUACUUAAAAGUAAAUUAUUUGUAAUGUAAAUAAACUAAAUUUAAACCUAAGUUUCGAAUUGUAAAUGAGGAACAACUAGAAUUUAAGCUCUACAUUAAAUAUUGCUUUUUAUCCCAUUAUUUCAUUACGACCAAAAUGUCAGUAAAAUAAUUGUCUAAAAUAGUGUGAAAACAAUUGAAUGUAUAAACUUUAAUAAUCCUAAAUUUAUUUACUUUACUAUAACGUAUCGAUGAAUAUUUGAUUUCGAUUGCAUUAUGAAUGUUCCCGUAUUAAUAUCGAAUGGAUGUUUCAAUUCAUUUUUAAUAAAGAGUUGUAUUUCAA